GAAGAAGAGGAAGAAGAAGAAGAAAAUGAUGAUUAUGAAGUAGCAUUCAAAAAACCCUCAGGUACUAUAAAAAGAAUAAGUGAAAAUACAGGAACAGCAUAUAGAAGUAUGGAGAUGAAUAAAAUUAAUUCUAUAUGGAUGAUAAGAGAUAAAAAUAAUAAAAUAAUAAAUGUAAAAUGGGAGAAUAAAAUAUUUGAGAAAUUAUUUUUUGAAACAUUUGAAAAUUAUAUAAAAAAAUAUAUUAAUGAUUAUCAUCCGGAUUGGAGGAAUUAUCCAUAUAACGGAUCAAAAAUAUCGACAACAAAACAUUCUUAUCUAAAUAAUAUAAAAUGA